CUGGGGGUGUGCCCGUGAAUUCUUCAUCCUCCCUUCUCUGCAAGUGUCUGUAAUCUGGUGGGGAAACAGGCAGACCAGCUGUCAUACAAGGCUGAGUCAGGUCAUUGCAGCCCCACGAAGACAGAACAGACUUCUCCAGGGAGGACAUUCAUUGCCUCCCAGUCAUUCCCCAAAAGGUCCUGACACAGAGGAGGAGCUCAAUGAAUACUGAUUGAUUUAUUUUAAAUUUUUACCAGCCCUUUACUCUCAUCCUGUGAGUCUUCUGUUCUGAGCAGUGAGUCACCGAUUGCUGCGAGGUGUCAGGAUUGUGCUUGUGUUCUGAGAAGUGGAUUUGGCUCCCUUACUACUGAAGCGUUUCGGUGCUGACUCAUUUCUCUGGAAGACACACGUACUUUUCAAUAAACCCAUGACAGAGGGCUAAGCACAUGGACUGGAAGUCGGAAGGGAGUGCUCAGAAAACAGAGUCACACGUGCUGCAGGAAGCCAUCCCAGAGGACACAGGCGAAGAUGGCCUCUCUGAAAGCUUCCAGCUUCUACAGAUGGAUGUGGAGUGUGAGCCUCAGGAGAGGGAGACCCUGCCCACAGACAGCGCCACCUGGUGCUCGAAAAAUGUCCAAAGAAAACAGAGACACUGGGAAAAGAUAGUUGCAGCAAAGAAGAGCAAAAGAAAGCAAGAAAAAGAAAGGAGAAAAGCCAAUCGUACAGAAAAUUCAGGCAUCUACCCCCAGCACAGCAAACGUUUUCUGAGAUCCUUAACUAAGGAGAAACUUUUGGAAGCCAAACACUCAGGACCAAGACUCUGUAUCGAUUUAAGUAUGACCCACCACAUGUCCAAGAAGGAACUAAGCAGGCUGGCUGGACAGAUCCGAAGGUUGUAUGGUUCAAAUAAGAAAGCGGACAGGCCAUUUUGGAUCUACCUCACUGGAUUCACAACAGACAGUCCCCUGUAUAAAGAGUGUUUGAGGAUGAAUGAUGGCUUUUCUAGUUACCUGCUAGACAUAACAGAAGAAGACUGCUUUAGUGUAUUCCCCCUGGAAACCCUUGUGUACCUGACUCCUGACUCAGAACAUGCUCUUGAAGAUAUUGAUCUAAACACAGUUUACAUCCUUGGUGGACUUGUGGACGAAAGCAUUCAGAAGGUAAGUGUACAUUUUUUGGCUGAAAAACUGUAUUCUGAAAAAUGGUCCUUACUUGUAGAGGCACCUACCCUGUAAUAACCUUACCCAAAA